UGCUCUCGUCUCCUGUGUGUUCCAUGUAAUGUGUUUUUGGCCCAUUUCCCUGUAUUUUAGGUUUAACAGAUAGAGGUAAGAAUGGGAGGGGGAAGCCAAAUUAGACAGUCCUGGAGACGAGCAUACGAAUCUCCCCCCGCCCCCCUCCCCCACACCCUGCCAUAUACCUGACUCCAUGGGAAUGCCGUUUGCUGGUUGGGUUCCAGGCAGAAUGUUGAGGGUGUGUUGUGACUACCGGAUCCACGGUGACCAUCACUUGUCCUGUGGUCGAGCAGUACCAUGGAGCAGCUGCCAGGCUCUCUGGAGCAUGGCUUUGAACUGAUCCUUGGGAAGUUGGAUGAGAUGAUGGCGAAGCUGCUGCCAAGUGACUCGAGUCCUCGGCUGAUGGUCCACAGCCUCCAGUGGGAGACACUGCUGUGUCCGCCUGUCAUUGGCUUCUUGGUGGGCCUCCUCUUUCUAUGCCGACUUGUUCAGUCUGUUAGAAGUCACUCCUACGAGAACCGUGAGAAGCAGCUGGCAGAAGCACUGGCUGCAGGGAUCGUGGAGAAAUGCCACCUCAUUGACAAGGUUUCUGUAGCUGAGAAGGAGCAUGCAGCAAUCCAAUCAUCUGUAGAAAAGGCCAAACUGGAGAAAGAGUCAUUCGAUAUCCCCAGCCUUGCAGACUCUUACAGAAAGGCGAAGACGACCAACGUGAUGCUGAUGAAGGAACUCCAUUCUCUGUGUCGAGACCUGGAGGAAGAGAGAGCCAAAAGAUCCCAGCAAGAAAAGCAGAUGAUGGAGAUGCUCAAAGACCUGCAGGUCCUAGAAGACAUGAUGACUUUUGUGAAAUCACAGGGAGCUUUUCCAAACCUGCUUGGAGACCAAGAGCCAAGCCCUGCUGCUCCUUGGCCUGGGAGUGGGCCUGGGGCUUAAAGCGGUGCUGUUGCCUCCCCUCCACUCCGGCCUCCCACCUGCCC